AUGUUUCAAAUUGAGGGCCUCAUUGUCUUCUGCGGGCUGCUGGCCCAAACCAACGCCCUGCUUGAAGGUCUGCCCCUGUCCCUACGCCCGGCUGUGCCCCUGACCCAGUCUCUGCCCCUGAACCCGGUUCUGCCCUCAAUUCCGACAGAUCUUGCUGGAAGCUUGACAAGUGCUCUCACCAAUGGCCUGCUCUCCGGGGACCUGCUGGGCAUUCUCAAAAACCUUCCACUCUUGGACAUCCUGAAGGCUAGAGGAGACAACUCUGGUGGCCUGGCUGGGGGCCUUCUUGGAAGAGUGACUUCAGUGGUCCCUCUCCUGAACAACCUCAUAGAAGUGACAGUCACUGAUCCCCAGCUUCUGGAACUUGACCUUGUACAGACUCCUGAUGGCCACCGUCUCUAUGUCACCAUCCCUCUGGGCCUGGUCCUCAACGUAAAGAUGGCCUUGAUCAGAAGUCUGUUGAGGCUGGAUGUGAAGCUGAACAUCACUGCAGAACUCUUAACUGCAAAAGAUGAGCAGGGGAAGACCCACCUGAUCCUUGGUGACUGUACUCACUUUCCUGACAGCCUGAAAAUCUCCCUGCUUGAUAGAAAUGCCCCUCUCCCUGUUCAAAGCCUUGUUGACAGCCUCACUGGGAUCUUGGACAAUGUUCUUCCUGAGCUGGUGCAUGGCAAGGUGUGCCCUCUGGUCAAUGGGAUUCUCGGCAGCCUGGAUGUCACCCUGCUGUAUGACAUUACCCAUAAGCUGAUCCAUGGACUGGAAUUUGUCAUCAAGGUCUAA